UGCAUGUCCGUGUACUUCGUGGUAUAAAAGCUAUUGCGAUGGUAAGGACUACCAGCAUCGUGCAAAAAGUUGGUGCAUCAAGAUCGGCAAGAUCGGUGGAAGUGAACCGCUUAAUUAUCUAGAUUUUCCGUCGAAGAUCGCUAAAGCACUAAAAAGUCGUAUUUCCUGGAGGAUUUCUAAAGAGACGAAUGAUCAGAAUCGAAAAAGGAUCGUCACGAAAAAACUCGGAUUAAGAUCAGAGCGACAAUGGUCAACUACAUUAGUUUUGUUCUAAUUGCGAUGGCGUCGGUCGCGAUAGCAGAGUUGAAGGUGAUUCCGACUGAGCCUAUUUCUGUGACGCUGGAUACUUACGGCAAUCCUAUAAUGUUCCUGAGAGAAAAGAGGACAGCCGUGCGUCCUUAUCCACACAGGACGAUGAUGUUCACCGGUUACUACAGACCGAUACGUCGCACGAAUAACGGUGGCCAGGCAACAGGCGUCUUCGCGCAAGGAAAUGCUGUGAGUGGCGAAGCUUUCUUCAGAGGUAUGCACACGCCGCAUCUUAAGGGUGGCCCGGAACCAACCGAGGAAUCGGAAGUGUCCAGCGCCGAGGCACAGGCGGCGCCGGCGCCUGAAGAGCAGGAACGCGAAUAUCAUCACCAUCGAAACGAGGUGCAUCGUCAUGAGGAGGAGCAGCAUCAUGAGCAUCGUCACGAUGAGGAGGAACAGUUUCAUCCCGACGAUCCGCAUUAUCAUUACCAUCAUCAGGAUUCUUUGACCCCUCAGGGACAUCACGAAUUGGAGCAGAUUCCGUUAACUACAGAGAUUGCGCAACCGACGGAAAAGCCGUUUACUGCCACGGAGGCGUCCCGACCAAAAAUACAUCAUACUAAGAAAACGCAUAAGACACCCGUGACUGCCAACGCUGACGACGAUGACGAUGACGAUGAAGAUGAAGUGGAUGAGGAAGACGAUGAACCGGUUGUGCCGUUCGUACCAUUUAAAGGCAACAGACGCCGUCAGAAAUAUCCCCAUUUGAACAACUUCUUUCCUAUGGUCUUCAGCUUCCCAAGACUAGCCACUCGCGCUGGAGCCUCCGGGUCUGUUCCUGGUGCCAUCACUGCUAUCGCAAAUAGUUACUCUACAGGAAAAGGCGGAGUUGCUAGUUCAGUAGCCACUGCCUAUGGCGGAUCUCCAACUGGACGGUCUACCAAGCGAUAUCAAGGAUUGCUGGACUUGUCACGAAAUGAUGUUCCACUGAGUGAAGGACAGAAGUCAUUCCAGGGACACAGCGCCAGCGACGCAUCAUCAGCUCCACAACGACAAAAGAGAGGCUCAUUCUUUGCAGUAGCAUUACCAGCACCACAACUUCAAGGUAAAGACAAAAAUGGUGUUUGCUCUCCUUCAGAUCUUCAAUGGAUAAUCAGAACAGAACCGGAGUCCGUUCGUCUUAAACGUACCGCGUAUGGUGGAUAUGGUGGAUAUGGCGGUGGUUUCGGCUACGGAUACGGUGGCGGAUUCGGUGGACAUGGCGGUUUUCGAGGCCAUCAUCAUGGUCAUAACCAUGGUUAUGGAGGACACCGAGGAUUCGGACAUCACGGUGGUUACGGAUGCAGAGGAGGAUGCGGUUCCUCGCCGGAUGUUUUCAUUAAAUGUUUUGGAAAACGUCACAUAUGUAUGUUCCUUCGUUCACACACGGUGCCUAUAAAACGGUUUCGUUUAUUAGACGAUCUCAUUAGAGUUCACUUAGCAAAGCGAGAAAGUUACGCGAAUAAUCGAAAAAUGAAAAUGAAGUUCGUAAUUAUAUUUGCUGCCUUCACGAUUGGAGCGCAGUGCCGCUCGCUCACGCUUUCAAACGUGAAAGACGCAGGAGAGACAAUUCCCGUAAACAUGCCGGAGCAAUUAAAAGAACUAAUUGCAGCGUACGAGGAAAACUUCGGGAAGCUCAUAAAUUUUGCCAUAAAAAUAAGUGAAAACAAGGACAACAAUAAACGUGAGAUACAAUUUUUAAAACAACUAAGCUCGAUUAUCGAACAGCUUGUCCAAGAGCAAUCGAAAGUUAUGCACGUCAAACUUAACAAUACAGACUCUAUCUUGCAGGCUUUAUAUAACGUUAAUAACGUAAAAGAUCUGAUCAAUACUAUAAAGGAAAUUGAUACUGUCUAUCAGGAUGAGGAGAUUACUGACGAGCACGUUCGAAUCAAACGAGCUGCGACUUUCGCAACAUCAGAAGAACGAAUGACUAACAUGCUGAUUGAUAUUCAACGUCAAGUGAUGCAAAUUCGAAAAUAUUUAGACAUGUUAUGCAAGAUAGAACUGGAUAGUCUCUGCAAACUUUACAAGAAAUUGACUACCAAUUCCAGCCAACAACAAGUUGGGCGAUCGAUAUCUAUCGGCAGAAGGCCACAAUCGAGGCCAGCUGUCGAGAGAAUUGAUAGAACUAUUUUCCGAGAACUCCUUCACAACACGUUUCACGUAAUCACCGAGGACAUUCUGAUAGAACGCUUGUUUUGCUGUUGGGAUCGAGAAAUCGAGGGUGCUAUCAGACUUGAACCGUGGAUCAUGGGCCUAGACGUGUUCUUGCGGGGUAGCCUGCGUGACAAAAUCGUUUUCUGCUUUCACGUGUACGAUCUAAACAACGAUGGAUACAUCACAAAAGAUGAAAUCUUUCAGCUGCUCAAAAAUUGCCUGAUAAAGCAGCCAGGUGAAGAAGAUCCAGACGAAGGAGUGAAAGAUUUGUCGGAGCUGGCCUUGAAGAAACUCGACGUCGAUCACGAUGGAAAAAUAUCAUUUCGAGAUUAUGAGACAGCAGUUAUAGAGGAACCGCUAUUACUAGAAGCGUUCGGACAGUGUCUGCCUACUGAUGAAAGUUGCGCAGAUUUCUUGGCGACUCUUCAACCCUAAAAAUAUAUACAAAAUUAGUUACAGCAGACAUUUUGCAUGAUAAAACGUUCUUUUAAUAAGAGACAUUUUUAACAAUAGAUAUCAGUUACUCGUGAUAUGAGGAUUAUACUCAUGUUAUCCCUCUAAAACUUU